AGUGAGGCAUAGGAAACAAGUUUGGCUGAUCUCGAGGCAGGGGACACUCUGCCUCUCCCCUUGCUUGUUCUCUCCAAACCACCCUGCCUGGGACAUUUUGCUCCAUUCAGGACAAGGGGUGAAUGAACAGCUUUAGCAGGGGGGAGGUGGUACCAGUGUAGAAGGAACUCAGAGUGAUGGCCAAGAGAAGGCGCAGAAGGAGGAGUCUGGGACCCAGGAAAUGAACUUGAGGUAGACCUAAGUGGACAGGGCUGUAAGGGCAGAAGGCAGGAGACAGAACCUGCAGUAUACUGUGCCCAGCUGGAAAGAUGGUUUUGCCCUGGACCAUAUUGCUCUUUUUUUCGGGUUUCUUUGCCAAGGGAACUCGCGCAUGGUGUUCUGAAACCGACAAAUUCUACAUAGAUAAGCCAGUCAGUGACCCUGACAUAGUGAAGUUUGCUGUGAGUGCCUUCAACAAGCAGAGCAAGGACGAUUAUACCUACAGGCCGAUACACAUCAUGAGUUUCUCAAAGGUACAGGAAAAACUACCAGAAACUUUCUUCAUGAAGUUGAAGCUGAUAAGAACCAUCUGUACAAAAUUUGAGGACAACCUAGACACCUGCCCCUUUCAGGACAGCCCUGGAAUGGAAAAAUUCAGCAUCUGCUCCUUUAUCAUCAGCACCCCACGCUCAAAACAGUUCAACAUGAUGAAAAUUGCUUGCACUUAUGGGCUUCUCUGACUGUAAUCCAUCACAAGGAUCUACCCACAGCUGUAGUCUGGGCCUGCUCCUUUUUCUGAAAAUACCUGCCAUUAUAGAAAUCAUCAAGUACAGGAUUAAGAUCUGUCCCAAGGACUGAAAUAGAGACAUUUUGGAGCCAUUGUUCUGCCUUCUCAACUCACACUGAUGAAGAUAUAAGAGAAGACAUGCUGCCAGGAAAGGACCAGGAGCUGCUGUGAGCUGGAGUCUCUCUGUCAGGCUCACCCUAACACCUUACACCGUGUCCAUCCCCUGCUGCUCAACAGCCAGCACUGGCCAAAUGUGUCAUGGGCCAAAGGUUUGCUUGCCGAUACUGGAGUUUAUCUAUAUGGAUUCCUGGGACCUGUGGCUGCUUGGCAAUGAGAACCAUGAGACCAAUCCAUGAGAACAGUCCAAUACCCAGUGGAAAUAAAUUCUAGGCACAUGUCAGAUGAUAGGCAUGGUUCAUUUGUGAGACACAUCAUAACACACACAUUUGUUGUGAUUGUUGACAUCAGAAGGCUAUAGCAAACAUAAAAACCUAUUAUGUAAAUAUUUUAAAUUCACCCCAAAAUACAAAAGCAGACAGAGUAUAAUGUGUUAAGGAAUAAAAGGUAUUCAAAGAAAAAACUGGUUCCUUAGGUUUAUUUUUUUAACCCAGAGUCUAACCAGUACUGCAACAGGUUUCUUUCAAAGAGCAAACUGACUUCCUUUGCAUUUUCCAUAUUUCAGGCUAGCAUUUUUCUUUUGUUUUAUGGUUACAGAGAGACAGGAAGUCAGAAUAUGGUAAGAGACUGGGGUAGAAUAACUCCCUCCACUGAUCCAUGGGUUAGUCCCAGAGUUUGGCCUCUUAGAAGUAGCCCUUUACAGCCUCUACCACCUAGAGGCCCACAAAGACUUCUCAAAAGACCGUAACCUGGACCUGGGCUGCUCUCCACACUCUCAGGAGCUACAAUCUGUCCCUAAGUCUUGGUGAUCACCUGUCCUUGGUUCAUUGGCAGACUAUAAAUCAACUGGUGCAUCUAACUGCACCCACCAUUAGAAGAGUAAAUUUCCUCCCAAGAUGCUCAUGCAGGACCACCUACUGCUUUCAGCCCCAUCAACCCCUUGGAACAGUCAGUCUUCAUGUUCACGCAGGUAAUAAAUGAACAGACAGGGUUAGGUUAAGUGGUCAAGGCCUUAGGCCUUGAUAUUCAUGGCUUCCUUCUGCCUGGGAAGAAGUAUUACAAUCUUUUGUCAACCUGGCAAGGUGGAUAAACCCUGACUCAUAUUGGGUACAUGGUUUCCUGAAUCAUUCCUAAAACUACAUUUAAAAUAGGUGUGUCAUUAAAUGUAGCAUGUACUCACUUAUAAGUGGAUAUUAGCUGGUAAGUUAAAGGAUAAUCACUCUAUAAUCUACAGACCCAGAAAAGUUAGGUAAAGAGGACAGGUCUUUAAGGGGGGAGACUCAUGGCUCUCACUGGGAAAGGAAAAUAGAGUAGGUUUUCGGGGGGUAGACUGGGGCAGGAAGAGAUGGGAACAGGAGGAAUCAGGUGGCGGAGGGAAGGAGGGAGAGAGGAUGUGGAGAGACAACUGGAAUAAGUAGGCAUUUAGGGGGUAAUAUGAAAACCUAGUGUAGUGGAAACUUUCUGGAGCCUAUGAGGGUGACCCUAGCAAAGAGUCCUAGUAACAGAGUCUGUGGAGCCUGAACCAGCCAUCUUCUCUAACCAGGCUAGGCUCCCAGCAGUGGGACUGGGACACCAACCCAGCCACAAAGCCUUGACCCACACCUGAUCUUAAACAGACCAUCCUGUAAUGAUCAGUGUAACUAAGUAAAAUCACAUGUUAAAGAGACUUAGAGUCUCUCUCUCUCCUCUCUCUCUUCCUCUGUCUCUCUCCCUCUCUCUCCUUUCAAUCUUGAUUUUUAUUUCCUUGCCUACAUUUGCUUCCUGUGCUGCUCAAAUGGUUGCAAGAUAGAGAUAAACUGGUGAUGUAAUUAUCACACCAACAAUGGAUGACUUCCUAUUGUAUAUGUCACACAUGCCCUAAAAAAUCACAAUAGCUUUUAAAUCAGAUUCUAUUUCCAUUCUUAUUUUAUGUACCAAGUCCUGAAAUACUCUGGAUUUGAAUCUCUGACCUCUGCAGACUUAUUACACUGUCUUUAUUGUGUCAAAUCAUAGUAUCUGAAAACACUUAGCACUGAUUGUCUAAGAAACAAAAGUCUUCUAAAGACAAUAAACAAUUAUCUCUACAAAAUAAUUAUGGUAGGAUUGUCUGUCUUCCUUGGGACUGUGCAUUGUUUGUGUUCACCAACAUUGUAUAUUUCAGAGUUCAGAUUCCAUGGAUAGCUUUUUUUCACUAAUUUAUUCACUUUACACCCUGGUGGAAGUUCCCACUCCCUCCUCUCUUCUCAGUCUCCUUUCAUCAGCCUUCCCCCAUUUCCAGUCCUGUUCUCCUUAGAGAGGGGGGGGGGCCUCCAAUGGGUACCAACCCACCUUAGAACAUCAAGUAGCAGAAGGUCUGGUGAAUCCUCUCCCACUGGGGCCAGACAAGGCAGCCCAGCUACGGGAAAGGGAUCCAAAGGUAGUCAACAGAAUCAGAGGCAGCCCCCACUCAGUUGUUAGAGGACCCACAUGAAAAUCAAGCUGCACAUCUGCUACAUACGUGCAGGGGUUCUAGGUCCAGCCCACGCAUGCUCUUUGAUUGGUGGUUCAGUCUCUGUGAUCCCCAAUGGAUCCAGUUUAGUUGACUCUGUAGAUCAUUUUGUAGUAUCCUUGACUUCUCUGGCUCCCUCAAGCCUUCUGCUCAGUCUUCUACAAGACUCUUGGAGCUCUGCCUAAUGACUGGUUAUGGGUCUCUGCCUUUGUUUCCAUUGGCUCCUGGGUAAAGCUUCUCAGAGGACUAGGUUCCUGUCUGUAAGCAUAGUAGAGUAUCAUGAAUAGUGUCAGUGGUUGGCUCUCUCCCAUGAGAUGGGUCUCAAGUUAGGCCAGUCAUUUUUGGCCAUUCUCUCAAUCUCUGCUCCAUCUUUAUCCCUGCACAUUUUAUAUUCAGGAAAAAUUUGAGGUUAGGGUUUUAUGGGUGGACCGGCAUCCCCUCCCUCCGCCGGAAGUCCUGCUUGGCUACUUCAGGCUCCAUAACUCCAGAGUCUUAGGUAGGGUUACUCCACAGACUCCCUGGAGCCUCCUCUGUCCCAGGUCUCCAGCAUUUCCCAGAGAUGCUCCUUGUGCUAAUUUCAGUUCUCACUCCCACCCCUCCUCCCUCUGCUCUCCCAACAUGUGAUUCCCCCUGUACCUCCAUCCCAUCCAGUUUUCUCCCUCAUAUACCUCUAUGUCUAUUUUAUUUCCUCUUCUAAGUGAGAUUCAAGCAUCCUCUCUUCGGCUCCUUUUGGUACUUAGCUUUUUGGGUCUGGGCUUGUAGCACGGUUAUUCUGUAUUUUAUGGCUAACAUCCACUUAUAAGCACAUACCAUGCAUGCCUGGGUUACCUCACUCAGAACAGUAUUUUCUAUUUCCAUCCAGUUGCCUGAAAAUAUGAUGAUGUCCUUGCUUUUAAUAGCUGAGUGGUAUUCCAUUCUAUAAAUGUACCACAAUUUCUUGGUCCAUUCUUUGGUUAAGGGACAUUUAGAUUGUUUCUGGUUUCUGGGUAUUAAGAAUAAAGCUCCUAUGAACACAGUUGACCAAGUUUCCUUGUGGUAUGGUGGUACAUCUUUUGGGUAUAUCUUCUGAGUGGAGUGUUAUAGCUGAGUCUUGAAAUAGACCUGUUCCCAAUUUUCUAAGAAACUGCCAAAUUAAUUUCCAAAGAGGUUGUACAAGUACCCACUAGAAAUGAAGUUUUCUCCUUGCUCUGCAUCCUCAUGAGCAUGUGUUGUAGCUUGAGUUUUUGACUUUAGCCUUUCUGACAUGUGUAAAAUGGAAUAAAGUA